AUGUCUAGAGUAUCAAGAGCUCAAUGUGCAAAUUGUACUUGUUCUCCAGGUUUAUUAUCAAGAACUAAUAGAAAAUCAUCAUCAUUAAUUAAAAGAAUUAAUCUUAAUAGAAUCAAUAGUGGUUCAAAAGAUGGUUUACAUCAAUCAAGAGCAAAUUCAAUUUUUACUUUAGAUACUUCAUCAUUAUGUUUACCUGAAGCAAAAGAAGUUAAUACUUCAAAAAGAUUAGAAAGUUUAAGAAAAGAAAUGUCAAAGAAUGAUUUAGGAAUAUAUAUUAUCCCAAGUGAAGAUCAACAUCAAAGUGAAUAUGUUAGUGCUUAUGAUCAAAAAAGAAGUUUUAUUAGUGGUUUCAGUGGUAGUGCUGGAGUUGCAAUAGUAACAAGAGAUUUGAAUAAUUUUACCGGUGAUGAUUUUACUCAAGGUACUGCAGCGUUAUCAACAGAUGGUAGAUAUUUUACUCAAGCUUUAGAUGAAUUCGAUUUUAAUUGGAUUUUAUUGAAACAAGGGGCAAAAGAUGAACCAAGUUGGGAAGAAUGGACAGUAAUUCAAGCUUCACAAUUAAGUUUAGACAGUGGUAAAAAAGUUAGAAUUGGUAUUGAUCCAAAAUUAAUUACUUAUAAACAAUUUCAAAAAUUUAAUUCCAUAAUUGAAAAACAAUUGGCAAAGACACCUAAAGCAUCAAUUGAAUUUGUACCAGUACUUGAUAAUCUAGUAAAUAAAAUAUGGGAACAAUUUGAGUCAUUACCGACUUCAACUUUGGGAGAAAUUAAACAAUUAGAUAUAAGUUUUACUGGUAAAGAUUCCAAAACCAAAAUACAAGAAGUCAAGGAUAAAUUAUUCAAAGAUGAUAUUGAAGGAGUUGUAAUAACUUCAUUAGAUGAGAUUGCAUGGUUUUUAAAUUUAAGAGGUUCAGAUAUACCCUAUAAUCCAGUGUUUUAUAGUUUCAUAAUAUUGACUAAAACUGAAAUUAAAUUUUACAUUGGCAAAGAUAGACUAUCCAGUACAAUCAAAAAUUCAUUAGAAGAUAUUGGAGUAACAAUUGAAGAAUAUGAUCAAUUUUAUAAUUCAUUAAAUUCUAUAUCCAAAGAAUUUAGUUUAAAAAACAAAAAAUUUUUCAUUCCAAAUAAUUCAAAUUGGGAAGUUGUACGAAAUUUAAAAUGUUCAUUCAACGAAGGAUUAUCAACAGUAGAGUUAUUGAAGGCUAUAAAAAAUUCAACGGAAUUAGAAGGUGCCAAGAUUGCGCAUUUGAAAGAUGGCAGAGCAUUGAUCAAGUUUUUUUCUUGGUUAGAACUUGAAUUAAAUACUAAUCAGGAAAUGAUUGAUGAAGUUGCAGCUGAUGAAAAAUUGAGUGAAUUCAGAAAACAAGAAGACAAUUUUGUUGGAUUAUCGUUUGAUACUAUAAGUGCUUCAGGUGCAAAUGGUGCCAUUAUUCAUUACAAACCAAUAAAAGGCUCAUCAUCAAUAAUAAAUCCAGAUAAAAUCUAUUUGAAUGAUUCAGGUUCACAAUUUUUAGAAGGCACAACUGACACAACCAGAACUAUUCAUUAUGGAACACCAACAAAAGAAGAAAUUAGAAAUUAUACAUUGGUGUUGAAAGGUAAUAUAGCAUUAUCAACAUUAAAAUUUCCGGAAGGGUCAACUGGAAAUUUAAUAGAUUCAAUAGCAAGACAAUUUUUAUGGAAAUACGGCUUAGAUUAUGGUCAUGGUACAAGUCAUGGAAUUGGAGCAUAUUUAAACGUUCAUGAAGGUCCUAUUGGAAUUGGUCCAAGACCUAAUGCUGCAGUAAAUCCAUUACAAGCAGGUAAUUUAAUUUCAAAUGAGCCUGGUUUUUACAAAGAAGGUGAUUAUGGUAUUAGAAUUGAAAAUGUUAUGUUUAUUAAAGAAAGUUCACUAACUUAUAAUGGUAAAAAAUUUCUAGAAUUUGAAACUAUUACAAAAGUUCCAUUUUGUAGAAAAUUAAUUGAUGUUAAGCUAUUAACUGGUGAUGAAAUUAAAUGGAUUAACAAUUACCAUUCAAAUAUUUGGAAUGAAUUAAGUGGUAGUUUUGAUAAAAAUAGUUUUGCUUACAAAUGGUUGAGAAGAGAAACUGAACCAUAUAGUACAUGA